CACAUGGGCAUUCAUAUCCUGCGUGCAUUCUAUGGUGUCCUGGAAGAUAAUUUGAAGGAGCUGGUUGGUAUUCAGCAGCCAUGUGGCUUCUGUGGACAGUCUGAACAAGACAAGUGCAAAGUCUCAAUCAGAAUCAAAACAAAUGGUGCCAUUACCCUGGAGACACAAUGUUCCUACCAGCACAAAUUCCACUAUGUGAAUGUGGACACUGGGUCAAAAAACCGACCAUGUCGAAACAUCCCUCUGAAGUGUGAGAUUUGU